AUGAGUAAGACUACUAAAGAACAAUCUGCUACAGAAAAGGACAAAUUGUCCCAAUCAGAACAACAUUAUUUCACUUCCUAUGAUCAUUUUGGGAUCCAUGAAGAAAUGCUGCAAGAUACUGUUCGUACAUUAUCUUAUAGAAAUGCUAUUGUACAAAAUAAAGAUAUGUUCAAGGAUAAAAUUGUUUUAGAUGUUGGUUGUGGUACUGGUAUCUUAUCCAUGUUUGCCGCUAAAAACGGUGCUAAACAUGUCAUUGGUGUCGAUAUGUCAAGUAUUAUCGAAAUGGCACAAAAAAUCGUUGAUAUUAAUGGGUUUUCUGAUAAAAUUACACUAUUACGUGGUAAAUUAGAAGAUAUUGUUUUACCUUACCAAAAAGUUGAUAUUAUUGUAUCAGAAUGGAUGGGUUACUUCUUAUUAUACGAAUCCAUGUUAGACACUGUGCUUUAUGCUCGUGAUCGUUAUUUAGCACCAGGUGGUCUUAUCUUCCCAGAUAAAUGUUCUAUUCAUUUGGCUGGGUUAGAAGAUUCUGAAUAUAAACAUCAAAAAUUAGAUUAUUGGCAAGAUGUUUAUGGAUUCGACUAUACUCCAUUUAUCCCACUUGUCAUGAAGGAACCAAUUGUUGAUACUGUAGAGAGUAGCUUAAUUAAUACUACAAGAACUAAGAUUAUUGAUUUCGAUUUAAAUACCGUCACUUUAGAAGAUUUAAAAUUUAAUGUUCCAUUCAAGUUACAAGCAAAGAGACAAGAUACUAUCAAUGGUCUUAUCGCUUGGUUUGAUAAUGUUUUCCCAGCUCCAAAGGGUCAAAAACCAAUAGAAUUCUCUACAGGACCUUAUGCAGCUUAUACUCAUUGGAAACAAACCGUUUUCUAUUUAGAAGAUGAUUUAGAAUGUGAAAAGGGUGAUAUCUUAGAAGGUACUUUAUUCUGUGCUCCAAAUGGUAAAAACAAUAGAGACCUUGAUGUUAAGAUCAAAUAUGAUUUCAAAGCUGGAGGUGUUGAUGGUAAAGAAAGAUCGGUUAAGAAUGAAAAUACUUAUUUGAUGCAUUGA